AUGAGUUGAAAGGUGACUACGGCUCACAGCAAUGCCCAAAAAGGGUGAAGAAAAUACAAAUAGUUAAUUCACAAACGAACGGUUUCACGUCUGUUUGUCAGCUGUUACUGUACAUACCAGAAUGGUGUUAAGAGUAAGUGGCAGGAGGAGCGUGGUGUGGGGCUGGCUACUCCUGGUGUCCUGCUUUCUGCUGUCUGUUUGUUCACAUGAGCAGGCAGCCCAAGAACACCCACCGGAGAGUCACCGUCCUAACAUGCACCUGGACAAGAACAUGGUCCAUGACAGAGAACACAUCAUGGAGCAUCUGGAAGGUGUGAUUGACAAGCCGGAGUCGGAUAUGUCGCCGCAGGAGCUACAGUUACACUACUUUAAGAUGCAUGACUAUGAUGGCAACAACUUACUGGAUGGGCUGGAGUUGGCCACAGCCAUCACGCAUGUGCACAAAGAGGAAAGAGGAGAGGAUAGUCAGCCUAUGAAAGAGAAGGACCUCAUAAGCCUUAUAGAUGAUGUUCUGAGGGACAAUGACAAAAACAACGACGGGUACAUAGACUACGCCGAGUUUGCCAAGUCCCUGGAGUAGAGGAGAGACGCUGCCUAACUACUGGGGUCUGGCUCAGGGCACUGCACACAACCACACCACUUUCUCAACCACACCACUUUAAUUUACCUGAGCCAGACCCCAGGUAAAUGUGUCACGCUCUCUGUGGGGUUAUCGCUAUCCUUCAUCCAUCCAGACAGCAUAUAUACCAGAGGUGGGAAAACUAUUUGGCUUGGGGGCCACAUCGGGAUUUUUGAAAUUCAACGGAGGGCCACACAGAUUUGAUUUGACCGAUUUGCUUGUCAAAAUUUGUGGGCAAGAUAAAGGGUAGUAAUUUGAAAAUAUAUAGGUCCAUUAUCAUUUCCACAUACUUUCUAUCUAGUUUUAGACGUUCAAGUGUGGCCUGGAGUUUUUUAUCCCCCCCCCUCAAAAACAAAAUUAAAAUAAAAGGUUUUUACUUAAACCUCCAGCGGGCCGGAUUGAAUGGUUUGCCCACCCCUGAUAUAUACAGUAGAUUAUUCAAUUAUUACUGUAAUUAUUACAAACUGCCAAAUGUGUCUACUGUAUGCUAACAACAAACUAGUUCAGUCAUAUUGGAAUUAAAUUCUUAAGAAGGUAUUUACCUAAGCGCUGCUUUGCUGUAUAGAAUCUAGGAUUAUGGACCAAAGGUUUUGAUAUUUAUGCAUCCAAUCAAGUUAGGCCAUUAACGACAACUGCCUGUGGUCCUUAACUCUAAGAGUGACCUUUAGUAUUACUGCACUAUUCUUGUACUAUUACUCAUGGUGAUAAUGUUACAGGCUGGAUGCAGGAUACUGUACUAAAGAGUAAAUGUGUGAGUGUGGGAAUGGCAAAGCAGGUUUGAAGGAUUUGUCUGAACACAGAAACAAGCCUUGAACAGGGCUGCUUUCAGUUGGAACAAAACGGAAGACAGUGUUUUGAAAUGGAGGCGGUAAUACAUAGGCUAGUCCUACAAGUAUGCUCAUUCGUGUUUUCAAAACGCUUUCUCCCAUUUGUUUGUACUGAAUGUGACCCAGGUAACGUAAAAGCCACACUUGGUACAGGUCUGGUUCUGGUCAAACACAGGCAAUCACAAAUAAUUUUUCUGCUGAUCCACACAUACAUCCCUUACAUAGUCUGUUACCUACCUACCUGAACGCACAAUUCCGCUUACAGCAGGACUGGUACUUGAGAUUAACAGAAUCUGAAUUUCAUACAAGAGAUGUUGUGCUGCACAUUGUGAUUUCUUCAUCACUGGAUUCACUUGACGUAUAGCACAGUGAGACCUCUGGGUGAUAGCAAUACUCAAGGGUUAACUUAAUUUUACAGAUGUGCUAUAAGUAGAAUGCAGGGUUAUGUUGCUAUAAAUGUUAGCGGCCUAUUGAAGUGAUGAUGUUAUGUGUAGGUACACUACACUUGAUUCUUUCCAAAUUAGCUGCAUUGCUGUCAAACAGUUACAGAUCAUUAGGUUACCAGGUCUUUAUGCUAUAAGGCACAGGACUAUAUUCAACCCAUUUAUAAUAUUUCUAAAUGUAUACUGAAACUUUAUUUGUUACAAAAUAGUUCUAAUUUUAUCAUUCAGUGAUGGUUGUUCAGUGAAUACAGGUUAUUUGAAUAGAAAUGUGUUAUUAAAAGCUAUAAAAUGACAGAUUAGUAGACACAUGCAACUGUGUUGUCUUUGUAAUAUGCUGUAAUAAACAAAUAUAUUGUC